UGCAUCUAUAGCCUAUACUGCAUUAGCUGACUUGGCAAGGCUUAAGACCCUAACUGCGAAACACUUAUCGGCGAGCAAGCCCCGACCUUAUUUUAAAGUAUCACAAUGGACGAGGAACCCCCAUUUAACCUUGCGCUUAACGUCUAUAAGGGGCCUGCGUCAAUUCCGCACGCAAGCGCGGAGGUCUUCGGCGCAUUCUUCCUGGCGACGAAUACGGUUCUGCUUGCGCAUAUGUUCCCUGGCAAGCUCUUCGGCAGCGAACUACACGUCCGUAAAUGGGACCCGGACUACAUCGCCUCCUGCUGUAACGAGCAGGGCAUGCGGCGAGAGGCGCUGCAGGGCAAGAAGCCCCACAUGUGGCUGCUGGGUGGCGGCCCCCGCAUGGUGAACGACAGCUGGGAGCGCAUGUGGUGGGACAACCUGCACUGGAAGCGGUGGAAGAUCCCGCGCACGGGACCCGCCUUCGCGCAGGACAUGUACUGGCAGUAAGAGGGAGGGGGGGAGGGGGAGGGCGAGGAAGAGGGAGGGGGCGAGGGCGAGGGCGAGGCAGCAGCAGCGGGUACCUGCUGGCAGCGGGAGGAAGCGGGAGGAAGGGCCGCAGCUGCCGGUUGGUGAGGUGCGGCAUCGGAAAAGCUGUGUGUGGUGUGAGAGAAGAGGGCAGGCGGCCCCGGGGAGGGGGGCUGGGGCGGGCGGGCGGGGGAGGGAGGGAGACGGAGGAGGUGCUCCAGGGAGGAAAGGAGGAAUGUAGGAACAGGAGGGAGCAGGAGGGCGAAGUGCUCCUCGGAAUCACUCGGGGGAGGGGGUGUGGGGUGCUAGCGACUGGCUCGUGUUGCAAGAGGAAAGGGGCGGCGACUGGCGCAGGCAGGGUGUUGCCCUUCCGCGUUGCCCGUCACAUGAUGGGUGCAGGCAGUGGUGCCAGCGGUGUCGUGCCAGUGGUGGGUGUCUUUCUUCCGCUUUGGCGUACUACGUAGUGUCGCGGCGGCGCUAGGGAAUUGAUCGCAUCUUCGCAUGCCUUGCAGUCGUUUGCAUUUAUUAUAUAAUUUCCCCCCUCGGACGUCAGCCCCUCGGCUUGCUGCCUUGUUUGCUGUCUUGCGGCUGCUGACGUGUCCACCCUGUAGUGAGGGAGGCGGGUGUUGCGGGUGGGAGUGCAGAUUGGGAGUGCUGCUGAGCCGAAAGCGGACGGGUGCUUGGCGGCGUGCAUGCGGCGGUGUGUGUGCUGCAGCGACUGCCGGCAUGCGGCGGUGUGUGUGAGGCUGCUGCGUGGGGGCCUCCAGCGCCCUCGUGUGGGACCGCACGUGGGGUGGCGUAUGGUGGCGUGGGGCGGCGUGCACGAGGUAGUGGUUGGGUUCCCCCUUUCGUUCGGACACACCGCUACCUGAAUGUGACGUGCAUUGCAGCCGCAUGCAAUGCGCCGCUACGCAUAGCCGUCGCGGACUCUACGGACCGAGCUGCGACCAGUCCGACCCAUGGGUCACUAGGCCACCUGCACGCCACCCGCCACCAGGGAGGGCUCUCCUCACGGAUCGGGACUCGUUGAUGAUUGGGUGGAUUUGGAUUCUAGGGAAUGUGGUAACCUGAAUGGUUGAAGAGGGCUAUCGAUUACAGACGCGUUGCAAUGUGCUUUUUGGGCCCCCAUCCUGAAGAUGGGAGACGCGUGUGGGCGGUCCUGCCGGGGUGCGGGAGCGCGGAGGGGGGUGUGACGUGUGCUUGGAGUUGUGGGAUGGUGUGGCGGGGUGCAGGCAUUGGGCCUUUUUGGGGGUUGCAUGCAUCUCGCACGCAACACCGCACGCUGGGGGUUGUGUCGUUCAGUUAGGAGGGGGCGCUAAUGGGUGGAACUGAUGGGAAGGAAGGAAGCAUCUAGGCCAUCUUGAGAGAGGGUUAACAGCGGGUUUGAAACGGGAGCAAGAUGUUUGGUAUCGUGGUAUGCCCUUCUGACAGCGUGUGUGUGUGUGGGGGGGGGUGUAUGGCGGCGCGCGCUGUCGUACAGCACACGUGUGUGUAAUCAACAACCCAGUACGACCCCAUUGGAUGUUGAUCUCAUAUCCGAUGUCCAAAGUGCCGCUGCCGUGGGUUGGCAUCUCAUCGCGCGUCCCCGUUCAUCAAUUCCUUGGCCUUGGAGUGUGUGGAUCGAGAUCCCCAGGUGUGUC